GUAGGCAGAACGAAAUUGACGCUGACAAGACUUUUGCAUCUUGGAAGGCACUGUAAUCUACUGUAGUGAAGAACAGAGCCUCUCAAUCAGGCGGGUGUAAAUAAGAGAGACAGAGGGGAGUCUAAAAGAAAAGGAAGAGGAGGGGGAAAAGUGUGUUGUGGGGAAGCAGGGAAAAGCAUUUUUGGUGGAUGGUAUGAAGCCAGCCAUGGAAACUGCAGCCGAGGAAAAUACUGAACAAAGCCAAGAGAGAAAAGUGAACAGCAGAGCUGAAAUGGAAAUUGGCAGGUACCACUGGAUGUACCCAGGCUCAAAGAACCAUCAGUACCGUCCUGUGCCAACCCUGGGGGACAGGGCUGGCCCCUUGAGCAGUCCAGGUUGCUUCGAAUGCUGCAUCAAGUGUCUGGGAGGAGUCCCCUAUGCCUCCCUGGUGGCCACCAUCCUAUGUUUCUCUGGAGUCGCCUUGUUCUGUGGCUGUGGGCAUGUGGCUCUUGCAGGUACCGUGGCCAUUCUUGAGCAACACUUUUCCACCAACACCAGUGACCAUGCCUUGCUGAGCGAAGUGAUCCAACUGAUGCAGUAUGUCAUCUAUGGAAUCGCAUCCUUUUUCUUCCUGUAUGGCAUCAUUCUGCUGGCAGAAGGCUUCUACACCACAAGUGCAGUGAAAGAGCUGCACGGUGAGUUUAAAACGACUGCCUGUGGCCGAUGCAUCAGCGGAAUGUUUGUGUUCCUCACCUACGUGCUGGGAGUGGCCUGGCUGGGUGUGUUUGGCUUUUCUGCAGUGCCAGUGUUUAUGUUCUACAACAUCUGGUCAACCUGUGAAGUCAUCAAGUCUCCACAAAGCAAUGGGACCUCGGGUGUGGAGCAGAUCUGUGUGGAUGUCCGACAAUACGGUAUCAUUCCUUGGAAUGCUUUUCCAGGCAAAAUCUGUGGCUCUGCCCUGGAGAAUAUCUGCAACACGAAUGAGUUCUACAUGUCCUAUCACCUGUUCAUUGUGGCUUGUGCUGGAGCUGGUGCCACCGUCAUUGCCCUGAUCCACUUCCUCAUGAUACUGUCUUCUAACUGGGCUUACUUAAAGGAUGCAAGCAAAAUGCAGGCUUACCAGGAUAUCAAAGCAAAGGAAGAACAGGAACUGCAAGAUAUCCAGUCUCGGUCAAAAGAACAACUCAAUUCUUACACUUAAAAGUGUUUGCCAGAGCGUGUCAGCCAACGAAUUUACAGCUCUGACACAUCAUCCGACAGCUGCUCUGCAGUACAGAUGUGUAUCCCACCAAACUAAUGUAGACAUACCAACAUUUCACUCUCUGUCUCAAGCUGCUGGGGUGGAUCUCUAGGAAAACCUUCCAGUGGGUAAAUAAUUUUCUUUAGAACAAAUAUUGGAGGUUUCACGUUAGCCAUUUUAAAAGGCAACACUUGAAAGAAUGACCAUUCAUCCUUUGGAAAGUCGUGGCAUGUGCAGUUAACUGCUGGAGCCGGUUCUAACACAGGGGAUGGAAUCACAUCAUGCUCCUUAAUGGGGACCUAUGGCAUGCCAGUAUCAAAGGAUGUUACCCUAGAUUUACAUAUGCCACCUGUCCUCAAGUGUUAUCAAAAUAGAAUUGGUGUGAAGUUCGUUUUUGAUAGCUGACCUUUAUUAACCUUUGACUCAUCAAAGAUGUAAUUUUUUCCAAACUUAAAAAUCAGCACCCCCACAGUCUCACACAUUUAUUUCCCAAGCCACUCAGAAACCUAUCUUUUUAGUAAUGCUAAAAGGAGCUGCAAUUAUGCUAAAUUUAUCAGUGCAGAAGCUGGAUUCUGACUUGAGCUCUGCAAAAUCAGCUUUAUAGUCGAUCACAUCCUAACAAACUGGGAGUAAGGACUUGGUGAUCAUGAUUCUUGUUUGGAAACAAAUAUCAGCUCUGCCUUAAUAUUUGCUUUCAAUUUCUAAUCAUUUAUAUUGUAACCAGAAACCCAAAAUUCCUUCAUAGAUUUUUGUUCCAUGAAUAUCUUUCUUAAGAAGUGUUACCUUGUUAAAAUGACCACCAUUCUACGCCAUUUUAAGUGGUCUGGACAGUGAGUUUACAGUUUCAUAUCAACUAUCUAAAACCUAACUGCAAAUUGACCACAGACCUCUGACCUCCUACUUUUAUAGACUUUAAUACGUAAGUAAUUUAAAUUAGGGUUGAUAUUUAUUUGUUUUCUUAUCUAAAUCUUAAUUUCCUGGAAUAAUAAUGUUUGAUAUUCAGCAAGAAAACUGCUUGAGUUUAAGCCAUCUUCAAAAGAAACUUGCCUUCUAACUCAUUGUGUUCCAGAACAUUAAGUGACUAAUAGGUACUGGGUAUUAGUGAUGGUAAGUUCUGUGUUGUUCUUUCUGGAAUGGUCCAUAUAACUGUGGGGUGCAUCAGUGCUUUUCAAAGGGGCUGCAUACUAUAGGGUUAACUAUGUAUAUUCAUGUUAAGAGUUAACUUGUGGUUUGGCUGUUUCCUGGAUUUUAAAACAUAUACAUGUGCUGAAAUGUAUUCAAAUGAAAGGAAGCAUACCUUUAUCAAGAUGCUAUUAAAAUUGAACAACUAUAAUAUUUCAUUUGGAUUUUUUUCUUUUGGUUAAUGCUGAAAAAAAACGCCUAUUUGGAUUCCUUUUAAUUGGGAGACGCUCUCUUCUGUGUAGAACAGUUGUUCCAAGAUAGCUUAGUGUUUUGUUUUCCUGUUGCAUGACAGAAUUCAAUAUUUUUUCCAGCAGUGGAGGUGCUGUUAGAGUUCAGUGUUCUAGAAGAGGCAGUGUCUAAAGCCUAAUUUUACUUUUCUAAUUCUGGUAGCUACUGCCAGGAAUUUUUGAAAGUUUUGUUGAAGUAGUCUAAUAUUUUUUAUGUAAAGAGCAUUAAAUUUUGCUAUGUAUAAAUUUUUGUAACCUAACAGUGAAUCAAUAUUUUCUAUCAGUGCCAAGGGCUUCCUGUAGUUCUAUUCAAGUGUUACAAUAAAUAUUUGUAGAUAAUAGUCGAUACUUGUGUAUGCUUAUUUUAAAGAUCUAUUUAGGUGGAAAUAGUUGUGGAUGUACUAAAGAAUAAUGAAAUAAAAUUAUAGCUUCAUUCGCUUGCCUUUUUACCAUAUAUAAAUCCUAUCUUUCUCUGUUC